AUGAAUAGAAUAGUGUGUCCCUUCGAGCAAUUCAAUUGGCGUAAACAUCGAGUACAGUAUUGCACAGGCAUUCAAGAAUACUUCUCCAGAAUUUUUUGGGGGCUUUCAAACAUGGCGGCGAAGCGCAAAGACUAUUCCAUGAACGAGCUCAACCAGCAAGGAAAACGGGUCCGCAUUGAGUCAGUGCUCCCGGUGCCAUCGGCAGGAAGUUCCAAAGGGCAUGUGUCGCAUCCGAGUUUAAUCUCAUUUGCAAAGUCCUUAUCACCUGAGGAAGUAGAGCGAACAAGGGUGAAGCUCGUCCACAGAGAAGGUGAGCCAAAGCAGGAUGGAAGCUUUGAAAUGAUUGCAGAGAACGCCGGCAGGGCAUGGACCGCGAAGAAGGGUUUCAACGAAAUGAAUCACGAUUACUUCAUUGGGAUUCGAAACAAGAUGAACAAUACCCUUAGUCUCGUUGCUGUCGACGGAAUGUACUCCCUGCGCCCAUACAUUGGACGAAGGUUGACGGAGAACCCAGAGAUUCCUCCCGAAGACAUAGAGGAACAAACGUACGCCGAAAAGCGCGCCGAGUUGUUGGAAAAGUUUGGAGGGCGAAAAUCUCAGCGCCGAGAACAAAAGUUCUUGAGGAAUCGUAUCACAGAUGAUAACGUGGACGACAAGACUCAAGAAAAUAUAAGGGAAGCUGCGAAGCAAAUGUUAGAGAAGGACACAUCACAAGGGAUUGUUCAUGUCUUCCAGCAGACAACUGAGUCUCUGGCCCCACCUCACGAUAAUAGCGCCACAACUCCGGAGCUCGCGUACCCCCUGGAGGGCCUUGUCACACCCGGAGAGUUACAAGCGCUUGAACAGGAAGCACGAGCAAUGAUGCAGACUUGCUCAGAUGGAACGGGCAACAUUGACAAUCCCGGAUGGCACCCGCUUGUGUGGACUAUUCUCUUGAGGAUCAUCCGAAAUGCAGACCUGACAGCGGAUGCAAGAUUACCACGAAUACAGGCGGCAAUGCAUCUUCACUAUUUGAUUGUAUUGACGGGGACGACGGACAAAAUUUUUCGAACUACCCGAGUGGAGUUGAUGCAGUCAAUGGCGGUUGAUGAAGGGAUUCUUAGUUGUAUCUUGGAUAGAUUUACUGUGAGCGACGACCGGCCGCACGUGCGAAAGAAAACGCAGGAAGACGUUGUUCGGGCAGUCCAGUAUGGCAUCGUUAUGUGGUUGACUGCCUGUGGGUUCCGAAAAUGUGGUGAUGUGGGCCAGUUAUCGGCAGCUCUUGGGAUAAGCUCGAAGCUACUACUCAAACACGCGAUUCAAAUAGGGUGCAAACUCCGUCGGAAGCCGGAACAAAGGGAUGCGAGCGACUGCUUUGUUUAUCUGAAAGUGCCACUAACACCAUAUCAACUCAGCAAGACAUGGCGAUUCAAUGAAUUUGUCUGA